AUGUCUUACGCCUUGCCCCGCCAGCCCCGCCCACCCUCGUCGGGUCCUCGUGGGCCACGGGGACACACCAUGAGCUUAAGCAUAUCUGAGCGUGGGAGCGAGGCGGGUUACGACUUGAGCCGCUUUGGUAACCCUGACUACCGCAUGGCGCGGAGCAGCCCCGAGAUGCUGGACCUCGAGGCUGCCUCACGCAUCGAGACGCUCGAAGCGCAGCUUGCCCUCGCGCGGAUUCGGAUUGCCGAGUUCGAGGCGGCAGACGCUGAGCGGCGCGACGCUGAGGCCCGGGAGGCCAAGAGGGUUGAGCAAUGCAGGAUGUGGAACACGGUCCUCAUCGCAAAGUACGGCCGUGAAGCCGAGCUGGUCCCAAUGGGCAACAUCUUACCUUACAUCCGCCGCGCGCACGAGGUAGACGACCUCGAGGCCGUCGAGAUGCUGAAGCGGAUAGAUGACCUUGGUGGUUCAGCGCCCGACGACGCCCUCCAGGACAACCUCAGGAUAUACCUGCUCUCCCUGCUCGGCGUACCGCCCCUUCCCGCUGUCAAGCUCUCGUUCUUGUAG